UUGUGGUCACUAAUAAAAUCAACACUUUGACACUUGUAUGUCGCCCUCUCUUGACAAGUCUUCUGUUAUUCAUUUUAGUCUGGUCCCGCUGCACAUGUUUUCCGUUCAAAUAGUGUGUCGAUAAAGGUCACCAGACAAGAUCAAUCUUAAUUUUUUUUUCUUCACAAUAACGAAUGGAGCGAUCGACGUGAUUUUUAGCAAUUAUUUUUGGUUGAUAUGGCCGGCUGGGGAAGAGAAAUUGUUACUCUACAAUGCGGCCACUACUCCAACUUCGUCGGUACUCACAUCUGGAAUAUUCAGGAAUCCACUUUUUUAUACGAUGAGAACCCUGCAGCUGUGGUGUCUAAGGAGAUCAAUCAUGAUGUGCUAUAUAGAGAAGGGCGAACCAUGACGGGGGCUGUGACCUACACCCCAAGACUGGUGACUAUUGACCUCAAAGGAAGCUUGAAUACCCUGAAAGCUGAAGGCGUCCUCUAUGACUAUCACACAAUGGAAGACAUCAAGUGGGAAGGUGAUGUUACACUUCACCAGGAGAAAGCUGCCAGAAAGAACCAGUUCUUGUCAGAUCUUGACACACAGGGUAUGCAACCCCAUGUUAAAGAAGAAGGUACAUCCAAUAUGGACAGCCAAUCUUCUAGGGAGAGUGACACCGCAGAGUUCAAAGGUCAAGUCCCUCCAGUUCAAGUUUCACCGGGUCAACAACAAGAAAGCAAGCAGGCCAAGGUUUAUAGUCUGGAUGAAAGCAUUGAUGUGUGGUCUGACUUCUUACAUGGUCAUCUUCACCCUAAAACUGUGAUGGUGAUUAAACACCACAGUCAUGACAGUGAUGUUGAUCCUUUUGGUCUGUACACCAAGGGGCGGAGUCUCAUGGGUAAGAGGGAUGUUGCAGAAGAUAUUGAGAACCGUCUUCACUUCUUCGUUGAGGAAUGCGACCAUCUUCAGGGUUUUCAGGUUCUUGUAGACUUCUGUGAUGGGUUUGGAGGUCUAGGAGCCAGUCUCAUCGAAAGUCUUGCUGAUGAAUAUAGAGGCAAGGGUAUCAUGGCUGUUGGUGUGGCACCAGGAUCAUUUUCAUCCAGUACCCUUGCGAUGGAUAAUCACCGUUUGAUCAAUUCAGUACUGUCCUUUGAUAAGCUGAGUGAGCAGAGCUCACUCUUCCUCCCCUUGUCCCUUGCCUCAUCACUCUGGAGGAAAGUAGGAUUACCGGUCAAGUUCCAAAAUGUUCAUUAUAAGCCUUCUCUUGCCUACCACACUAGUGCAAUCCUUGCCAGCAGUCUAGAUACAGCUACCCUUCCCUACAGAGUGGCUGAAGAACCUAUAUCCCUCUCCGUACUCACAGAGGCUCUGGGAAACCUCGGCAGAAAGGUGUCCAUGCUCUCAACAUCAUUUCCUCUGCCGUUUCCAAACCGUGGUUACCUAGCCAGUGUAUUUGGUAAUUAUACCCAGAGACCCCCAUGGAUUCCUCUUACCCCACACACCCAUGAGGGUACAGCACAGCCCUUUGCCCAGUCAGUGGUAAUCAGAGGUGUUCCUGCUGGAAGGAUACAUGCUCCAGGAAGACAGCCACAGAAUGCUCUGGAGUCGUGCAGAUCGGUCAAUGAAAUGCUGAGGUGUUACUUAACAGGAAUGUACCCUAGAACGCUCAGCUCUGGAUUGUGCAUUAAUCAACCCUUGAAGACUGCAGCACCGUUUCCUCAUAUCUUUGAUCCCAGAAUGAGUCAAGAAGGUUUCAUGGAGCAAUGGCAAAGAAGAGAAGAAGAAGCUGUAGAGAGCCUCCCGAUGAUGACUUCUCUUCAAACAUCCCCUGCUGCCCAAGAGAUGUUGACUCAUCUUGUAAAGGAGGGUAGUAAGGUAGAUAUCCGUAAAUGCCACGGCUACUUUGAAGAUGGUUUGGAGAGGGAUGAAUAUAUUGAGACUCUGAACAGAUUGGAAGCGCUGGCACAUUGCUACGAGCUGUGUGCUUAAUCUACCAUGUGGAGCGCUGGCACAUUGCUACGAGCUGUGUGCUUAAUCAACCACAUGUGACCAUCUACUACCAACAGAAGGCUCGAUAGACCUUCUAGACUGCUGUGAGUUUAGCCAACCUCUGCUGGCAAAUGUAUGGGCUGCCUUGACUGCCAAAUAUACAACCAUUUGUUAUUUACCCCCCCCCCCUGUUGAUUGACCAUUUGAAACCAUUCAAAAUGUAUUCCUCCCAUUUGCCAUGUACUCACUUCAAAGCUUUAUAGUCGGGAUUGUGUGUACUCAAGUAUACAUAGUCAGUAAAGCAUGACAGUGGUUUUAGACAUUGAAACAAUGGCUCUGCAAACUACCAAUAUGACCAAGGAGGGUACAUGUAAGUUAUCCAUUUCACUUAAAUAAAUCAACUCUGCUACCCAGAACAUAUUCUGUUUUGUGAUUUUCAAGGUUUGCAAUACAAAAUGGUGUUCAGCGUUUGUGAUCUAAAGAAAGGUAUACAGGUCUUUAAAGCAUGUUGGAGCCAAUGUGGUUUGGUUACUGUGAAUAUGUUGAGUACAUAACUGUUUACUGCAAAUGAGUAGCAAGUGAUCAUAUUGAAAACCCCAAAGACUACUUCGUUAACAAAAGUUGACCUUGAACAAAGACCACAGCUACUGUCUGCAGGUAAAGUUUUGGUAAAGCGUGAAAACGCUGCGGCCUAAAAUGCUUACUUUGAGUUUAUAACACACAUGACAAUGACACCCAUAAUGGUGCAAACCACGAGAAAUGUGAUGAUAUUGUAAGAUAAAUAGGGUCCAUACUGCCACUAUAAGCAGGCAUGCAACUCUUCCGCGUUUCCGCGGAAUUCUGCGUUUUUGUUUUUUGUUUUACGUGAAAAAAAAAUAU